AUGGCUACAAUAAGAGUGUCGGAAGAAGAAAUCAACAGCCUUGAUCAAAUAGGAACCGGGAUUGAAGACGAGUAUGAAUCAGAUUGGGAGGAGGAAUCAUGUCCGGAAGUAACACACAUGGGAUUCCCACCGAAAUGGAGAAAUUGGGUUAUGGGGAUACUUUUUGCAGGUAGAGGUUCGAUUCUUGUAAACGGAUCCCCAACUGGGGAAUUCCAAUAUAAGAGAGGUUUACGACAAGGGGAUCCGUUGUCACCUUUCUUGUUUAUUGUGGCAAUGGAGGCUUUACAUAAUAUGAUGAAAAAGGCUAGGAGUGUAAAUCUGUUUUCGGGGGUCAACCUACCAGGCAACGGCCUGCAUAUAUCACAUAUGUUAUUUGCAGACGACUCAAUCUUCGUUAGAGAGUGGAAUGAAGAUAAUGCUAGGAAUCUAAAGAGAAUACUAAGAAUUUUCUACCUCAUCUCGGGUUUGAAAGUCAAUCCGAGGAAAAGCCAACUGUUUGGUGUGUGCCGAUCAGAAACAGAAGUAAUUGAAAUGGCCUCAAUCUUCAAAUGUAGAGCAGGUAAGUUCCCGUUUAUCUACUUAGGUUUGAAAGUGGGAGCAAAUAUGAAUAGGAUAGCAAACUGA